CCUUUUUCUUUUUUGUUAUUUUAAAACUUUGAAGUUUUUGGUUGCGUUGUGGUGGUCGGGAGGGUUUAGAAAAUUGCUAGGGACGAAAAGUGGUUUAGGAUUGCAUGGGAGAGCAUGAAGGGUGGGCGGCGCUGCAGCCACCUAGCGGGCUAUUGCCGAAUGGUUUGUUACCGAAUGAAUCUGCCUCUGCGUUUCGGGUGGUUGACUCGGAGCGAUGGAAGAAGGCUGAGGAAAAAACAGCUGAACUUAUAGCCUGCAUUCGGCCCAAUGCACCCUCGGAAGGUCGCCGUAUUGCUGUAGCUGAUUAUGUACAGCGCCUCAUUUCUAAGUGCUUCCCUUGUCAGGUGUUUACUUUUGGGUCUGUGCCCCUCAAGACAUACUUGCCUGAUGGAGAUAUUGAUUUGACGGCCUUCAGUAAGGAUCAAAGUUUGAAGGAUACAUGGGCUCACCAGGUUCGGGAUAUGCUGGAAAAUGAGAAGAAUGAGAAUACUGAAUUCCGUGUUAAAGAAGUUCAGUACAUUCAGGCUGAGGUGAAGAUAAUUAAGUGUCUUGUAGAAAAUAUUGUUGUAGACAUUUCAUUUAAUCAACUUGGCGGAUUAUGUACCCUUUGUUUCCUUGAAGAGGUUGAUCAUUUGAUAGAUCAGAACCAUUUAUUCAAACGUAGCAUCAUAUUGAUAAAGGCCUGGUGUUAUUACGAGAGCCGCAUAUUGGGUGCUCAUCAUGGACUUAUCUCAACUUAUGCUCUGGAAACCUUGGUUCUUUACAUAUUCCAUGUUUUCAAUAAGUCCUUUUCUGGACCGCUGGAGGUCCUGUAUCGUUUUCUUGAGUUCUUUAGCAAAUUUGAUUGGGAAAAUUUUUGCGUCAGCCUUUGGGGUCCUGUUCCGGUUAAUUCUCUGCCAGACAUAACAGCUGAACCUCCUCGGAAAGAUGGUGGAGAACUGUUACUUAGCAAAUAUUUUCUUGAUACUUGUAGUUCUAGAUAUGCUGUUUGCCAAGAAAAUCAUGGUCAGCCCUUUGUUUCUAAACAUUUCAAUGUGAUUGAUCCUUUGCGUAUAAAUAACAACCUUGGGCGUAGCGUCAGUAAAGGUAAUUUCUUUAGGAUACGCAGUGCAUUUGCAUUUGGAGCUAAUAAGUUGGCAAGGUUACUUGAUUGUCCCAAAGAGGACCUUUAUUUUGAAGUAAAUCAAUUCUUCAUGAAUACAUGGGAAAGGCAUGGCAGUGGUCAACGCCCUGAUGCACCCGGGAAUAAUCUGUGGCUCAUGAGGUUGUCAAUUUUGGACAACACUCAUGGAUCCAAUAAUGUCAGGAAUGUUUCAAGCAGCAGAGGCAAUGGUAUCUCCUCCAGGCAUGACACUCAAGCUGAAGGAAUUCAAGGAUUAUGUGGUGUUUCCUCACAGCAAUCAGAAAGCACAAGUAAGAUUAGUAAUGUAUCCACUGUUUCUUGUACCUGGAGCCAAAAGAGUUAUGGUAGCAGUAGCAACUCAAAGACCUCCGAUAAGGUUAGGCAAGAUUCUAAUUACAAUAAGAAUGUGCACAAUGGUAAAGGUCAGAGUUAUAAUGCUAAAGAGAACUUGGUGACUGAUAUUCAAGGAAGAUAUCUUUUUGCAAGGACUCGUUCUAGUCCUGAGCUUACUGAAACAUAUGGGGAAGUUAGCUCUCAGGGAAGGCGGAACAGAAUGCCAGAGGGUGGUAAAACUCAGAUUGCUUCCAUGAGGUCAGAUAGUAAUGGGAUAAAGAAUAUUGAAUCGGAUAUGAAGACAAGCCAUGACAUUAAAUCUUCGGGUGAUGAUCCUUCAUCUAUUAGACAUGCCCCAACAGGCUUGAGCAUUGAUGCUGUUGGUAAUCUGAACAGUCCUGUAAGUAGUUACCAAGAUGAUUUGGGCUUGGGCACUGUAAGUCAGGAUUUUUCUUCAAUUCCUGAUGCACAAGUUAUGCCACAAGAAGAGCAAGAUCUAGUGAAUUUGAAGGCAUCUACAGCUCAUGGCUUUAAUGGUCAGGUUCCUAUUCCAUUAAAUUUAGCUGCAGGUCACUUGCCUUUUCACAUUCAAUCUCUAUCAAUGGGAUACAAUCAGAGAAAUUUGAGCGGAGUUCUUCCUUCAAAUUUUCAAAUGUUUCCCGAAGGAUUGGUCUCUUCUCCUUUGGCCCACUAUUUUUCUGGCAUUGGAUUAGCCUCAAACCCGGAGGAUCAAAUUGAGCCAUCCAGUGAAAAUUUUGUUUCUCCUAAAAUAGACCCAGGGGAAAUGGAAAAUGAGUUAUGGCCUGAACUAGACAAGGGCUCUAGUGGCGGUUUUGAUCUUGAUAAUGGAGGUUUUGAAAUGCUUCGUCCAAAUGAUAAGCAUCUGCCAACUUCAGCUGGCUGUAAUUUUGUUACUCCAUCUAGAGUAGACAACUCUGGUAAUUCUUCUAAAGUACAACAGAAGUCUAAAGAAACUCGAGGAUCAACUAGGGAAGAUCAUGUAGAUGCUUCCCAACAUCUAGAUAACAGGGGUAAUGAUGUUUACUUUGAUGAAAGAACCUCAAAUUCUAGAUCCUUGUCUGCUUUGCGUACAAGUUCACUUAGAAGUAAAACCUCAUCUGAAAGUUCUUGGGAAGGUUCAUCAGAAAAGGUCUCUAAACCAGCUAGAGAGAAACGGAGUAGAAAAACAGCUGCUUCUGUGCUUCCGUCCGCUGCGGGUGGGAAAGGUAAGAGUGUAUCUGAAUAUUCCUCUCAGGCAGAUGACGAUGGCAGAGACUGGAAUCCACAAUCAGUAGUGGGCACUGAAAUGGAAGAAAGAGCUACUGGACCUGAAUUGAUCAGUUCUUUUCCGGUUCCAACUCGUCAAAAGCCUGGAUUUGAGGCAUCUCAGGCAAGUGGUUCAGAUUCGAUGAUACCCAUUGCUCCAUUCUUCCUAGGUCCAGGUUCAGGGCAAAGAACUAUGGAUAAUUCUGGAGUUCCUCCGCUGGCCUUCACAAUAACAGGGCCACCGGUUCCAUUUUUGUUAUGCCCUGUGUACAACAUUCCAGCUGAAGCAGGAACUCCAGAUGCAUCAGCUAGCCAUUUUAGUUGGGAUGAAGGUUUGGAUUACAGUGAUUCAGGACAAAAUUUUGAAUCAUCUGAUGGACCUGAUCAGUCUGACAUGUUAACUACUUCUAGUUCUACAAGAAAGGUUGCAUCUCUUGAUCCAUCAGAGCAUAAAUCUGACAUUCUUAAUGGUGACAUUUCUAGUCAUUGGCAAAACCUGCAGUACGGACGGUUUUGUCAAAAUCCACGAUAUCCUCCUAUGAUUUAUCCUUCACCUGUUGUGGUGCCACCCGUCUAUUUACAAGGCCAUUUCCCAUGGGAUGGUCCUGGGAGACCACCUUCGUCAAAUGUGAAUCUCUUCUCCCAAUUUAUGAAUUAUGGGCCUCAUGUCGUUCCUGUUACUCCUCUCCAAUCCGUUUCAAAUAGACCUGUCAAUGUGUAUCAACGGUAUGUUGAUGAAAUGCCAAGACACCGCAGUGGUACUGGGACUUAUCUUCCAAACCCUAAAGUUUCAAUGAGAGAACGCCAAUCUGCAAAUUCGAGGAGGGGAAAAUAUAAUUAUGAUAGAAACGACCACCAUGGCAAUAGAGAUGGAAACUGGAAUGCCAAUUCAAGGUUCCGUCCUGCUGUACGAAACCAUAGUCGCAAUCAAAAUGAAAAAUCAAGGUUCAUGUCUGACCAAUUGACAGCCGUUAAUGGUGAGAGCAGAGCUGAGAGGCCUUGUGGUUCACAUAGACAUGAAUCAUUUACAUCAUACCAGUCUCGUAAUGGACCAGCCCGCUUAAACUCUUCUCAAAGUAAUUCACCCAGCAUGCCUUAUGGCAUGUACCCGCUGCCAGCCAUGAACCCCUGUGGGGUAUCAUCUAAUGGAUCUACCAUGCCGCCUGUUGUCAUGCUCUACCCGUAUGAUCAUAAUUCUGGUUAUGGUUCUCCUGUUGAACAGCUUGAGUUUGGCUAUGUCGGACCAGUGGGUUUGUCAGGCAUGAACGAAGUAUCACAGCCAAGUGAUGGAAGCAUCUCAGGUGGGGUAUUGGACGAGCAAAGGUUUGAUGGUACAUCUGCUCAACGAUCUUCACAAGAGCCUUCUUCACCCCCCUUCCGAAGGGGACUUUGAUUUUAUUGACUGAUGAGCGGUCGAGAAAAAUUACAAUCGAUAGACGAGAAAUCCCCACCCUUCCCUUUCCAUUUGAAGGAAGAUAUGAUGUUGGGAGAGCCUAUAAUGCGAGAGUGUACCUCUACUAUGCAUUUUUGUUAUAAUCACUCUCAUGAAAGCAAGAAGUGCAUUUUCUGAUUCAGUGAUUCUUAAUGGUUUUCUCACAAGAUGGUUGGCCACGCAUGCUUCUUGCCUUGCGCUUGUAUGUACACUACGAACGAAGGUGCUCUGUCUUUGAAGAUACAACGGAGUGACGGUGAAAACUGAAAACUUGAAGGGUUGCAGGACUCGAAGGUAAAAGAGUUGAGUUUAGGGUUCUAUACAAUUGUAACUGAAAUAGGUGCUCCUUAGGAUUACAACCGAGUUCCAUAUCAUUUUGUAAAUCUUGAUAGGGUUUUU